UCCAUAAGCUUAGGAAUAGAAACUAGAGCAACAUUGUUAGAAAAGAAAAAAACUUUUUUGUUCUUUCCAAGAGAGAUGAAGAUAAACUUGUAGACUUAUCGAUCGAGCUACAACGAACCAAGAGGAAAGAACUAGGAAACAGAGAAAAGAAAAAGAAUAGAAACAGAAACAAAUUCGAUCAUGAUGAUAUAUCCAUGAUACGCCUGAACAUUGAACAGAAUGAAUGAAUUGUUCAGAUGAACAGAAAGAGAGCAAGUCAAUUUUUCUUCACGAAUCAUGAGCAAUCUCCUGGCUCAUGUUGAUAAUCGUGAACCAGAAUCUCACUUUUCCUUGACUCAAUUUUUUCCUCAGUAUUUUUGUUUCCUAUCCAACUCAUGUUUCUAUCCUUUAACACUGAACUUCCCUGAACUCAAUUCUAUCCAAAAGUGAGACACCUAUUAAAAGAAAAGACUUGGAAGUUUGUAAAAAGACAAAAAUUCUGAUUCUUUUUCUUUUUCUUUCUCAUCGAAUAUUUUUCUUAUUCUUUUACUCUUACCAACACCAUGUUCUGCUUAUUUCAACUUAAAUAACCACAUUCUCAGUUGAAUCAUCUACAUAAUUAACUCGGAACAUUUUAACUUUCAUGUUAUCAUCUUAAAAUCUUCUUCUAAAUCAACAAAGUCCAAAUUUCACUUUAAUUGUUUUCCUCUUUCUCGAUUGUCAAGAUUUCUAAUCGAAAAUGUCAACAUCAUUCUAACCACUUCGAUAAUUGAAACUUUUCAUUGUUCUUCUUCCAAUUUUACUGACCAUUGUCCACUUCAUGCUACACUAAUCAUCAUUCAACCUUUAGCUUUGUGAGUGUCAACCUUCAACUCCAACCAUUGGUCAUCGCUUUGUUUAUUGAUCACAUCUCUCUCUCUCUCUUUCUCUCAUUCCCUUGUCAUUAUUAUUACAAUGGUCACUUCAACUUUCCAUAGGUUUGUAAUUAAACAUCUAACUGUCAUCAACAAUAUCAAAUGUUUAUCAUCAAAAUCAACACAAUCAACAUUAUCUGCAACAACAACAACACUAGCAAUCAAACCCAUUUGCCAUCCAUCACAAUUAAUGAAAUCAAGUCUUUCGUGUAAAACAUUACCAACCAAUUAUAAUCCUAACAACAACAUUAACAAUUAUCUUAAUUGUCAUCUACUAUUGUCGCAAAAUCAGUUGAUCAAUCUAAGGUUUUAUUCAACUGAUAAUAGACACAUUCAACAAAGACAACAACAGAAAUCAAGUAUCAAUAGUGAAUCGGAUUUUACUUUAUUACAACCGGAUAAGAUUCUAAUGAGAUAUGUUGAUGAAUUAAUUGAUUUUCGUGAAAAAAAGCCAACUAGAACUUGGUUAACAGUGAUUAAGGUUUUAAUCACCAUGUUUGCUGGUGUUAAUUUUGGUGCUUUUAUGGCUAAAUUAGGAGCCACCCUAUUGGAAAAGUAUGAAAUCUUUGUUCGUGAUGACGACGAUUCAGAUGAUUGAAUCAAUUUAAUCUGGAGCAAUUUAUUAAACAUCAAACUCCAUCAAACUUAAUUAAAAAGCUAAAACAGUUUCAAUUAUCACAAAUUUUAUACAUUCAAAAUAAACACUUGAUAUUUUAAGUAAAAAAGUUAAAUUGGUUGAAAUUAGUAGGAAAAGAAACUCGAACCAACUGAAUAAAUGAACAGUUCUAAGAUUUAAUCGAAAGUGUGAUAAACUUGAUCGUUUAAACUUAAUUAGUUGAUACAUCGAGAGCCAACACGAUAAUCAACUGAAUAUUUCAAUGAGAAUGCAAUAUUCAUCUCAUCAGACACUUGGAGUGAUUUUUGUUGUGGUCAAUUUCAAGUUAUGGUCAAGCAAAGAUUCACCUUAAUCCAAUGGAUACUCAAUAAUCAUAUUAUUAAUUUGAAGGAAAAUAAUCAAUUAUCAAUACUAUUUAUUCAACAUUUGAUUGUAAUCAAUGUUUUUUUAAGGCUAAAAUAACAAUAAUAAAACAGGGUUGAAGUAA